AUGCCGUACAAAGCGAUCAGUAAAGGGAUUUUGGCUUCUUUUGUUGUCAUAGAAUUAUUCUAUUUGUUAAAGGGUCUUGUAAUCAUUAUAUUUGGCGUUUUAUGGAUUAAUAGAGUUGAACCAAAUUUUCGCCUUGUAUUAACGAAUAAUUUACUCAUAGCUGGAUUUGGUGUUGGAGGUCUUAUUAUAAUUUCAUUUUUUGCUGCUCUUGUUGGUUUCUUUAGUCCAAUAAAACGUAAACGAUUUUUACAGGCACAUGUGUUCUUAAUCAUUGUGUCUGCCCUCUAUUUAUUGGCACUGGGUGCAAAUGUUUGGUUUCAAACUUUGGAUGAAAGAAAUCAUUUCAGCAAAGAAUGGUCAAAAUGGAGUUUGGGUACGCGAGCAUUUUUCCAAGACGAGUUAAAUUGUUGUGGUUACAAUGACCCAACAGACAUGGUGGCAGAUUCAGAUGUAUGUCCACCUAACACCGAUCUUAGUGGAAAAGUUGGUUGCAUUGAUGCGGUAACGCGAAUAGCUGACAAAUCAUCACGCCAACUAUUCACAAGUUUAUUUGGUUUUAUUGUAACUGAUAUAUUUGCAUUCUUCUCCGCCGUCAUACUCAUACAAGCAAGAAAUGUGGAAGAACGUUAUAUAAAAAUUGAUGAAAAAUAUGGAAAUUCAGGUGAUCAAGCAUUAAGGAGGCAAUAUGUGUGA